UUAAAUAUAUUUUUUUUUUCAGCAGGGUAUAAAAUGAAAUCCGUGGAAUACAUUAGUCUCAAGGUUGCAUUUUUUAUCAUGGUUUUAAUAGACCUUGCUGGCAACACCCUGGUGAUUCUAGUGAUUCGUUUAAACAAGUCCAUGAAAACCCCUAUGAACAUGCUUUUGCUUAACUUGGCCGUUGCUGAUAUGGUAGUAGCAGUGUUUGUGGCAAUACAGUUCGUCAUUGGGCCAACAUUCGAACACCCGUCUGGGACAUCAGGCUUGUGGCUUUGCAAGUUUAUAACUGGAGGAACAAUGACAUGGUCAGCGGCUGCAGUAUCCGUGGGUAACCUGGUUGCAAUUUCCAUCGAAAGGUGAAUUGUUUAUGUUUCCAUCUAAAUAUAAGUAAGCAAAACACGCAGGUAACGCAGCCUUCUCAUGAGCAGUUUUCAAGUUAUAAAGGGCAACUUCCGAAUAUUCCCCAGUCCCAGGAAUCCACAACAUCAUGGUCAAAAAAGGGUUAAAUCUAUAGAAAAGGAGCUUCUUAGUAAAAGCACCAUUCAUUCAACGGGCCCAAUUUUUCACUCCAAACGUGGGACCAGAAAAUUUUUGCCAGGUAAAAUAUAUAGAUCAUUGUCCAGUUGUUCUAUUGUCUCUUAUCGGCGGCUUUAUUAUUGUGCAUAGUUUUAUUGCGUAAUUUAGGCUUUAUAUUGUAAAUAAGUUUUCCUUUUCCCUUUUACUUAUCUUUAGUUUUAUUUAUUUAUUUAUUUAUUCAUUUAUUUAUUUUUAUUACGGCUUAUUAGCUUAUUAUUUUUAUUAUUGCUAGAGAUCUAAUCAAACUCAUCAAUCCCUAGAUUAUAUUAAGUUUCAUACAUUCAUUUUUUUUGUUACAAGAUGUUUGCUUUGGCAGAUUGAAUAGAAAAAAUGAACUUGAUAUCAUUUGUUCCACCUUGGUAUCGAUGACAGUAAAACCAGCGACUCAGAUCCUGGUUUUUAAGAACCUGUUAGGCUAAAAUUUGAAAGUUAUGUCUCCUCUAUACAAGAACCUCUUUAACCUAAAAUUCUCUACACUUGGCCAAAUAAGAAAAGUCAACACUGGUUCAGGAUUCUCUUUGGUGACAUAGUUGCCUUGUUUUUAAAACUACAAUUGUAAAGGUAAACGGAAUUACCCUGGGGAAUGAGCUGAAUAUCACUAAAUACUUUUAGCUUCAAUGAAGUUAUUUUCUUCAGAAAAUAAGAACCUAUUUCAGAACCUACAUGGCCUAAAUAUGUGCUAAUUACCAUGCAUGUAAGAACCUGUUUAGGCUAACUUUGGAAAAUGAAGGUUCUUAGUCGCGGGUUUUUACUGUAUGCUCUUAAUUCCCUUUUCCUCUAAUUCCCCUUUUCUUUUGGUCUUUUUGUUAAAGAUAUAACGCAGUAGUAAAGCCGCUGGCUAGCCGUUCAACACUCACGAAAACCAAAUUGAAGCUCAUUAUCAUUGGUUGCUGGUUACUCGGCUUCUUUUGGAAUGUUCCUCUUUUUGCUGUCAUGACUUACAGGGCGGAUCUAGAGACCUGCGGUGAGCACUGGCCUGGUCAGAUCUUUCCAAUAGUUUACAGUUCUGGGUGGAGUGUAGUGGCUGGAAUCGUACCCAUCAGUUUAAUGAGCUAUCUGUACUCAAGAGUGGUUUACAAGCUGUGGUUUGAGGUAACCCCAGCUGUGCCGUCCACAUCAGCGGUAAGUGUUAUUAAUAACAACCCACUCUGGCGUGGCCUCAGUUUAGCUGGCGCGUAAUUCGUUAUAAUUAGAGAGCGAUGAAACUACCACCAGCUACAAAGGCUAUCUCUGCACAUAGUUGUUAAAGUGGCAUGGUUCUGAAACCCGUUUGACUCUUUUGUUAUAUGUUUUUGCUUGCUUUUUUGGACCUAACCGUUCACAACGUUCAAUAGCAUUAUUUACUGACCAAUAGAAACAUCGCAUUAAUUUAUUCAGUCACAAUUUGUGAACAAAAAACAAAGGAUUGUGCACGGUCUGGGAGCUUCCAACAACAUAAACUACAGCAUCAACUUGAAAACAAGGAAACAAGGAACAAAGUAUGCCAGCAUCAGUAAACACUAGGCAACCGAUCGAAGAAGAGUCUUGACUUAACGUUUUCUCACGUAUUCUCAAAAACUACUGAGACACCCUUUUUCAGCAGAAACGUUAGCACUGUUAUCUUUAUUGAAGGAACUUAAGCCCUCUCUCGAUCACAAAAUGAUAAAACUUCUAACAUUUGAUAACUUGCUUCCGCCACUACGACAUUCUCGCUAAAACUCAUAGUAGAAUGACGAAGGCUACCACGUUUUCCCGCCAAAAUGAAACUGGUUCACGUGCGAGCACUACUUGGUACUGAGGAAAUCUCGUUUGUUUUCGAAUGGGGUAACUUCGGACAACAAAAGAAUCCACACCCCUUCCCCCUCCCCUCCUGUUGUCUUCUAAAGGUAGCUCUGUCAGCGGCACAACAUUGCAUGGAAUGGGUAGGGGAAGAAAAAGCUUUAUUACAUUUGACCUUUUUAAGUUAGCAAAGGUUAGAGAAGCCCUUUAGGGUGACGUAUCCUCACCAAAUUUGUGGCUGAUUGUAGCAUGACAUCGGUCAAAAAACAACAACUUACUACUCUAAAUCUCUCUUUUCAGAAGAAGGCCUCACUGUCCAAGAAGAAAGCUACUAUCGCGGUGAUAACAGUCAGUUUAAUCUAUGCCAUUUGUUGGGUGCCAGUUCUUGUGAUGUACUGCUUGGCACAAUCAUUACCAAACAUGAUGGUGCUCAGCCACCAACAUAAAGUCACCAUACUUCUGGCAGUGUUCAACUCCAGCAUUAAUCCAGUUGUUUAUAGUUUUACCAGUGCGCGCUUUAGAAAACACCUUGUAAAACUACUGAGAUGCAAAUGCUAUUCGAACAACUCGGAGAAGCAGUUGAAACCUUUGGCGCAGAGGUCACAGCCGACUGCAUCUGACGGCAUGUGA